AUGGCAUACGCCAAUGCGCACCGUCUGCCGCUGCCGUCAGACGUGCCUUCUGGCGCAUCUACCUCGCGCAGCAGCACAACGCUCGAUGUGGACGCCGCCAGGCUCACGCCCGCGUUCGAGGCGUAUAAGCUCGCCGCUGAUGCUGGGCCGACCUCUCCCUCGUCACGGGCGUACGCGCUUCCGAGCCGUCCUCCACAGCUGACCGAGCUGUACCAGCCGCCAGUGGGGGAAGACCGGCGCGAAGGCAGUCUUACCUUCACAGGGCUCGGGUACAAGGAGACCAAGGAACGCGCCGUGCACCAGCUUCUCAUCCCGACCGCGGGGCAGCGCGAGCAGGACGACCCAAUAGCGGGAUACAUCGACGCGAAUCGGUUCGUGGUACUGCUCACGUACGAUUCGGAAAUCGACAAGGUUACAGGUCAUCCAGUGUGUCGACUCGAACAAUCGCAGGGAUUGCCGUCUCUGGCGUCGAUCGCGCCGACCACCUGGUUGGCUUGCGAUGGCGAGAACCUCGUGCUGAUCAGGCUGCAAAAGGUCACGCUCAGAGACAGGGGCGCGGUCAGAUGGAGUAGCGCGAGUACGGAGUCGUGGAAGAUCCCACCGAUCGAGGAACAGGCAGGGACGACGAUCAAGGCGCACACGCACGUCGGCGGCGCAAUCCGCGUGCUCCUGCAGACCACAAAGACCGUCAGCAAGGCGGGAAAGACCGGAGCAAACGAUGGGCUGCAGGGCCUGGGCUUCGCUCGCAGCGACGAAAAGCCCAAGACGGAUACGCGCGACCAAGGGUCCAAGCACGCCCGCACCGUGUUCGAGGUUCGGCUCGUCGAGAUCAACGACAGCCUCGAGCGGUCGGAUGAAACGAGCGGGAUCGAGAGAACGGCAAAAGUGCUUGAAAGCGUACAGGGUGACGAACCGCUGCUCAGCGCGCAGCUGGAUGUGGACGAGUGGAUUCUCGGUGCAGAAGCACCCUUUGCUGCUGUCGCUGCCUCGGGAUCGCAGCCAGCCGUCGUGUCCAAACCCACGUUCCAGCCGCAGACAUCUACAACGCCGGUCCCAGCGGCGGCAUCUCAAGGUCGGCGACCCGGUCCGCACUUUAGCUGGGCACAGACUGGCGACACCGUGACGAUCGCAUUUGCGCUACCGGCGUGGAUGACGUCCUCGCAAAUCCGCGGCCACUUUUCGCCAAGCGCGCUCAGUCUCUCGUUCACCCAGGAAGCGCUUACGCUCCUCACAGCCUCAUCUUCGGCGCAGAUCACCGAGAUCGGCGGCAGUGCCGCAGCUGAGGAAGCGGAGGUGGACGACCUGACGCGCGCGGCGCGCAUGAUCGCUUCGGGCCGGUACGUGUCACGCUCGACGUGGGGCGAGAUCGACGCGACCGGCAGCGUGUGGACGCUCGAACGGGCCGCCGGAGCGAGCCUGCUGACGCUGCAUCUCGAGAAGAAGCACGAGGGCACGCGCUGGAUGCAGGUGUUUGCGGACCGCACACGCGCCCCCGCCCGCAAUCAUGGACGACUCGCACAGACCCAGCUCAGCUUCCAGCAAGCUAGGACGCAGCUCGAACGCACCGCGGCGGGACUGAAUGUCGACGAGCAAGGCGAGGAUGAAGAGGGAGAGGAUGCAGAGGAUAACGAGGACGAUGUGCCCGAGACCAUGGAUCCGUCCGAACUGGUCACCAUGCUCGAGGGUAUGCAGAAGUACACGGUCGACGAAGACACGCCUGGGCUUGGGCAGGACCGUUCGGGGCUCGCGCUGGACCAGCCGAGCCUGCUCAAAGACAGUCUGGAGGAGGAAGACGCCAAUGUCGGAGUCGACUUUGUCGUCACCUCCGUCACACUGUCCUCUUCGGGCUUGACGGUUCGGCAUUCGAACCUGGGUGAGAUGAAGCUGCUCGCUACGCGUCUCGAGUCGGACCGAGAGGACGAUGGUCUUGUUGCGGUCAAGCACGAGCUGGAUGGGGCGAUCUUUGCGAGGCAAGCAAUUAAGGCUUGGAAGCACGUGGCGACCAUGCCGGCUCUGGCGUUUGUGCUUGCGUCGAAGCGCGAUGCGCAGCGUGUGCACAUUCAUGCGCGCCGUACGAGCGGCUCGGUAGGGUCGGACGAGUACGUGGCGCUGGCGUUCGAGAGCGCACCACGAGUCACCGGAUCGGGCGCUGGCUCCGGCAGCACAGUGGGGUCGGGUGCGGGCAAUCUGUUCGUGUACUACACGCCGGCGUCGGCUGGCGAUAAGCAUGCUGCUUCGCGAGUCGUGCGUCUGGGAGCGAUCGUCGACCAGAGCUCCUCCGAGGCAGAGGCCGCAGAUGAAGGUCAUGACACCGCCAGUGGGGCUCUACUCGGCGUGUGCAGCGUCCGGCUUCCUGCACCUGCUCCCCAAGAGGAAGACGGUGUCGAGCAAGACACGCUCCUCUGCCUGUGCGAGAACCGCCUGCUCCUCCUACGAGGCGUGCUCUAG